GCCGAUCUACAUGAGCUUGGGACAAACUUGCAGAAAAACUGUGAUCUCUUCGAGUGGCCUCCCCCAAGGAAUGCACGACCGCAAACGAAGAAAGUGUACUUCGUCCGUUCCUCUGGAGAAUUUCACCGAAACGGUAAUAUCCGAUAGUGACGAUGACACGAGUCAUUGCCAGACCAAGCAGCGGUUGCAGCCCGCAGCUCGACGACCCCCAACCGGUCCAAAACGAUCUGUGCCAUCACGGAGCAGUAGUGAGAAGGACUUUACUAGUUUCUUUGAUAUGGACGGGGAAACCACCUUGGGCUCGAUAGAAACAAAAAUGGCCAGAUAGCCAAAGCGACCCGCCAAGCAUCCCGCUCUCCCACCCCCACUGACGAUGAUCCCGAAGCACUUUGGCGCGGCAUUCCCCAACGACGUAAUCGUUCCCUAGGCAGCAGAGUUGACAUGUCUUCAAAACAUCAGAAGAAGCAAAUACAGGUGGAUGUAACGUCGCCCAUUGUAGAGAGUAACUUGUCAAGUAUAUGCGUGAGCGAGAAACAGACAGCUGUCGACGAAAUUACGACAGCUAGCGAUCGAGAGCCAUCUCUUACUCCGCCACCUCAAUUACCCCAUCAAGAUUCCAAUGUCCUAAAUACAAUGAGUCAGAUGUUGGAGAAGAUUAGCGAACAGCUUCAACCUACGUAUUUACCGGAGGAACCCCAGAUUUCGACUACUAUACUGGACCCAGUCCUUCAAACGCUAGACACCGGUGUAUCACCAGAGGGAGGUGAUCAAGUAAUAACCGUAAAAGUCAAGUACAAGCCGUGGCCAGUUCGAGAUGGUUGUCCGAAGCCAUUAGCGUAUAAAUUGCUCAUGUCCCAGUCAUUUGAAGUUAUGAUGCGCGUCACAUGUACCAAAUGGAACGUGAGUGACAUGCGGGAAAUGAUAUUCGUGUACCAAGGUACGCCUCUAUUUCCGCGAGGGACCCCCGCGUCCGUCAAGAUGCACGGGAAGCCAAUAAUAGAAGCGUACAUCAGAAACGAAUACGAAGCACUAAGGCGAGCUCAAGACUCAGAGCAAAAGCCUGUUCACGAGGACCAAAAUGUGGGCGACGUGGAGAUGGAAGGCAAUCCUUGUAACGAAUUGAUACUAUUAAAAAUGCAAGACGCUACAGAGAUUACCAAGAUCAAGGCCAAGAAGGGGGCAACGGUGGAAGCGCUGAUAGCUGCCUAUCAAAAAUUGCGUAAUAUCAGUCACGGCACACGUCGUUUAAUGUUGGAUGGAGAAGUAUUGGAUUCUUCAAUGAGAUUGGAGGAACUGGGCCUGGAGGAUGGGGACUUGCUGGAGGUACGGUGAGGACAUCAUCAGGCACUAAGGCUUGGGAAUUCGCAAAGUUUUGCUGAUUUGUAAAGUGCCGCUCAACGCGUAAACCAAGGCAAAGGGCUGUAGAUAUUGGAAUAUCCAUCGCAUUAUGCAUUUUAGGAAUAAUAUACGGCGCAUAAGUAGCAUAUGUACUUACGUGAAAAGUCCAUCCUCCAACGACGAACUUGCCCCCGGGAAGCUAAAAGCACAAUUGAAAAUAUAUCACUAUCAUUCAUGGUGAUGCACAAGGC